AUGGAUAGGAUGGUGUCAAAGAAAAGUGUGGAUGUCUUUCUUUUUUACCGUUUAGUCCAACUUAUACAGGCUGUUUGCCACAACCAGAGCAUUCGUAGGUUGGUGACAGCCGAAGAGUCUCGGGUUGACAGCAGACCCACCUAUCAACCAUAUGAUUCCACUAUCGGCACACUUGGCAACGCCCCUUUUUCCCCCUUAACAACCUCCACGUCCGCCCACUGGCCAUUCAACAUAAUAAUACCAGAGACUUGUACAACUAGCCUAAACUAUACUUCAACUCCUGAACAGACUACACUGGUAGGACAGGUUUACUCAAAUACACGUAAGCAGCCUGUUUUUGGUCACUCCAAUGUGAACCAUGACGGCGAGGAGUAUGCUGGCGCGAGGAUACUGCAAGUUAGUACCGAACAGUGA